CCCGUCCCCAUGGAGUGAGAGCACACGGGGGUCUCUGCAGCGGCGCAGCCCCCGCCCCGCCGGGGGGAAAGCUGGAAGGCACCGCAAAUAUGAGCGACUUCUGGCACAAGCUGGGCUGCUGCGUCGUGGAGAAACCACAGCCUAAGAAGAGGAGGAGACGGAUCGACCGCUCCAUGAUCGGCGAGCCCAUGAACUUCGUGCACCUGACGCACAUCGGCUCCGGAGACAUGGCUGCGGGCGAGGGGCUGCCCAUGACGGGCGCAGUGCAGGAGAUGAGGUCCAAAGGCGGACGGGAGCGGCAGUGGAGCAGCUCCCGCGUGUUGUAGCAUCGUUCUUGGCUCUUUCAGCCCGAACUUGAACUGCCUGAUCCCCACACCGGAGGAAAAGCCAACCUGGAGCGCUCGAUUCCCGCGGUAACUCGUGCAGGCGGAGCCCCACGGCCGUCCCAGCAGCUCUGGGUCACCCCCCGCAGGUCCCCCCUUCCGCCGAUGAAGGGGGCAGCAGAGCAGCGCAGCCCGACCGGGAGACGCCGCGCACGGCCACGAUGUGCCAAAUCCUCCGCCUUCUCCCUUUCCCCACACUCCAGCCGGCACUGCUGUCUCCCACGGGCCCCUCCCGGCGCUGCCCCCCACGCCUCGGUUUCCCCGUCGGACGGCAGCGGGGCGGGCUGCGCUGCA